AUGGGUUUAGAGGCACGAGGAUCUCCUGUUGUCCCCUCGACAGAUGCCCAUAGUCUGGAUGGCACCUGUGAUGACGAGUCAGACGUCAGCUCUCUGACCGAGGCUGCGGGGCUUGGUUUGAUCAAUUUGGCUCGACUCCCUGCCAGUGGACGACCCAACCCGCUGCUCAAUCGGAUUUCCAAGCUGCAGGUAAGCCUAUCUAUACUCCCUUAUAUAUUCAUAGGUUUAUAG